UCCUUGGUACUCUCGCUAACCUGUCCGACCGGAAACAUGGUUGCACAGCAAACGUGGUACCCUAAUAGAUACGGCGUCGCAUUGCUAAAGCUCAAUUUACCUUACUCUGUUUACAAUUUACGUGGCGUUAAUUUUAGACUAUUGAACUAGUAGUGAAGACGGGAUGACACGCUUCAGUUUUUAGAGCUACCAUUUUUUAAAGUCAUGUCUUUCCAUCAGGACCGCGGGAGCCCCAGGGGGGGAGCGCCUCCAGGCCAGCACGGCUCCCCUCAGAACUACCGACCCACCAACCUGAGGCCGCUGCCGCCCCAGCCUCCUGUCGCCCAGUACCACUACGACCCUCAGGCUCCUCCCAGUUCCAGUUACCAUGGAAACAGCGGCUACAUGCCUCCGCACACCGACUUCAUGCACUACCCUCCACCGGCGCCGUCCCCGACUCCCAGCUCCCUCAACCAGUGCCCGGUGCGCCCGCCUUUCCCCAAGCCCCCCCUCAGGCAGGGCUUCCUGGAACCCCCGCCUAACUUCCCUCCUCCCCCCAUCCCCAGCUCCGCGGGGGGUCCCACGCCAGGGUCCCAGGUGUCUGCUCAGAACGCCUACCACCCGUACAUGAUGCCGCCUGUGCCGCCGCCGCCGAUGCCACACCCAUCCAUGCCACCCCCCAUGACUUCACAGUCUAUGAGCUACCACUCUCCGUACUCCAUGAACUACCCCCAUCCUCUUCACCCUCCCUUCCCUCCGCCCCCCUUCAGCCCUGGCUACAAUCAGAGCGCCACCUCAUUCAAACCGGUCAACAGCUUUAGGCACGGGGGGCCAUACAAGUACGAGAAGCCCAUGGACAACAGGAGGUCGCCGGAGAGAGGGUACCGCCACGAGGACCACAGGCAGAAGGGCUACGGCUACGGGGGCUCCGGUGACCGCCACAAAAUGGAAUUCCCCGGAGAGAGGAAGGACCGCGGGCGGAGUCCUGACAAGCGCGGCAGGCCGGAGGGGGGGCGGUACAGGUCUGAGUACGACAGAGGCCGGGCGUCCCCCAGACACAGGAGCCGGGAUCGGAGCAGGGAGAGGUAUCGGCACAGAGAGACCCAGAGGUCCCAGUCCCCCGACCGGCACCGAAAGAGGCCUCGCAGUCGGUCCUCGAGCCGAGACAGGAAACGUGGCCGCUGGGAGGAGGAGAGGGACCGGAGGUCUGAGAGCUCCUCGGGCCUGAGCAGCAGAGAGCGCGGCUACUCCUCCGCCAGGAGCAGAGACUCCGAGGAGGCCCCCCCCUCCGACAGAGACCGGGAGAGGGAGAGGGGGGAGGACGAGAAGGAUGAACAACAGCUGCUGAAGCCUGCCUGGAUCCGCUGCACUCAUGCUGAGAACAACUACUCCAAUGACCCCAUGGACCAAGUGGGAGACUCCACUGUGGUGGGGACCAGUAAACUGCGGGAGCUGUACGAGCGCUUUGAGCAGGAGCUGGGGAGGAGACAAGAGAGAGCCAAGUCCAUCCGUCCCAUGUGGGACCCGCCCAAGACCAAACUGGAUGAGGAUCCAGGCGACAGCAGCAGCGAGUCGGACUGCGAGUCGGACGGCGAGGGGAGCUCCUGCUCCAGCAGCUCCGACUCCGACGUCUUCGACGUCAUCGCCGAGAUCAAGAGGAAGAAGGCUCACCCCGACCGCCUGCACGAGGAGCUGUGGUACAACGACCCGGGGCAGAUGAACGACGGCCCCUUGUGUAAGUGCAGCGCCAAGGCCAGACGGACGGGGAUCCGCCACAGCAUCUACCCGGGGGAGGAGCCGGUGAAGCCGUGCCGUCCAAUGAACAACAACGCGGGGAAGUUGUUCCACUACCGGAUCACCGUGUCUCCGCCCACCAACUUCCUGACCGACAGGCCCACGGUGAUCGAGUACGACGACCACGAGUACUUGUUCGAGGGCUUCUCCCUCUUCUCCCACAAACCCCUCACCAACAUCCCAUUGUGCCGUGUGAUCCGCUUCAACAUAGAUUACACCAUCCACUUCAUAGAGGAGAUGACACCGGAGAACUACUGCGUCCGAGGCCUGGAGCUGUUUGCCUCCUACUUGUUCCAGGACGUGCUUGAGCUGUAUGACUGGAACCUGACAGGUCCGGAGUUCGAGCCCUCCGGGUGCCAGCGGUUCCAUUUCAUGCCCCGCUUCGUCCGGUUCUUACCCGACGGUGGGAAGGAGGUGCUGUCCAUGCACCAGGUGCUGCUCUACCUGCUGCGCAGCAGCAAGCCGCUGGUCCCCGAGGAGGAGAUCGCAGACAUGCUGCAGUGGGAGGAGCUUGAGUGGCAGAAAUAUGCCGAGGAGUGCAAGGGCAUGAUCGUCACCAACCCGGGCAUGAAACCCAGCUCAGUGCGCAUCGACCAGCUGGACAGAGAGCAGUUCAACCCGGACGUCAUCACCUUCCCCAUCAUCGUUCACUUCGGGAUCCGGCCCGCUCAGCUCAGCUACGCUGGAGACCCUCAGUAA